UGCAACACAACCUACAACAAUUGUUUAUCUUUCUCCUUAAACACGCAAUUGCGGAGUUUUGCGUCUUUGCUUUCUAUCCCAGUCGUUACAGACAUUAGCAGCCCACCUUAUACCUUCGUUCAGAUUCAUCUUGACUACCUAAUUCAUGAGCGAGACCAGGAGAAAUGGCGUUUACAUUUCCUUGGUUGAGGACAGCAGCUGCCUUGCCAUUCCUGCUAGCAACAUUGAGUUCUGCUCAACUUGGACCACCUACCUCGCCCCGUGCCAAUUGGAGUUAUACAGGAUGCGUCACAGACUCCGUAGGUCAGCGUAGCUUGACGGUUUGGGCCUUCAGCAGUGGUUCCAUGACCAAUGCUGCCUGUGUAUCCUCCUGUGUAGAUAGCGGAAAUUACUAUGCUGGUACGGAAUACGCAGGGGAAUGCUACUGCGGUAAAUCCUUGAGCAGUACCGCCGUAAUCGCCGACGAUGCAGACUGCAACAUGGCAUGCAAUGGCAACGCAGCAGAGCCAUGUGGUGGGCCGAACAGACUAACCGUUUUCAACACCACGAUACCAGCAGGCCCUGUUGGUCCCUUCGUGAAUCCAGGUGCUAACGGGUACCGAUCACUCGGUUGCUAUACGUAAGUUGCAUUCGAUCCUUUGCUCAAGUUGUCGGGCGUAGAGUAUCCUGUUUUGCAUGCUUGCCAUCCUCAUUCAGUAGUGUACCGCUGGAUUCACGUACCUCACUGCUCGUUCCU